GGAAGCAAAGCCUAGAUAUGGAGGGGGCCAGACGAACAGGACCUGGGAAUGCACAGGACCCCCUGAAGCAGGCUGGGGAUCUGAGUGAUCUUGCUGUAUCUAAGCUGACGUUGGAACAUAAACAGUCUGAAAUCCCAUGACCCCCACUGCCCUGAACCUGCGACCCUCAGGCCAGACCUUGGACUGUCUACAACACGAGUCAGGCCCAACCUGCCCUGGAAAUUGUCCUAGGAGGUUCCAGCUCAGUGCCCAGAGACAGCCCCCACAUCCCACCCCAUCAGGUAAGCGCAGGCUAGAGCAGGCAUAUGAGCAACACCCCUCAUUCCACCCCUCUACACACACAUAACCCCAUCCGCCUGCUCCCUGCCAGUCUGACCAGCCCAUUCCUGGGGACAAGAGCGUGGUGGAGGAGCUGCAGGUGGGGGGCAGAGAAGCCUCCACAGAGAGCAAAAGCCAAGGUCAGCCAGAGACAGGAGACCAGAAGAGACAAAGGAGAUCAGAGACCAGAGGAAGGACAAGAGGCCUCAGAGCAAAGCAAGGAACAGCCAAGGCACCAGGACAUGGAGGCAGUGGAUCCAGGGGGCUGUGGCUGGGCCAACGUGUUGGCAUGCAGGCUUUGGAAAGCCAUCAGCAGGGCGCUGUUUGCAGAGUUCCUGGCCACAGGGCUGUAUGUGUUCUUUGGCGUGGGCUCCGUCAUGCGCUGGCCCACAGCACUUCCCUCCGUGCUGCAGAUUGCCAUCACCUUCAACCUGGUCACCGCCAUGGCUGUGCAGGUCACCUGGAAGGCCAGCGGGGCCCACGCCAACCCCGCCGUGACGCUGGCCUUCCUCGUAGGCUCCCACAUCUCUCUGCCCCGUGCUGUGGCCUAUGUGGCUGCCCAGCUGGUGGGGGCCACGGUGGGAGCUGCUCUGCUUUAUGGAGUCAUGCCGGGAGACAUCCGAGAGACCCUUGGGAUCAACGUGGUCCGGAACAGUGUCUCAACUGGCCAGGCGGUGGCAGUGGAGCUGCUUCUGACCCUGCAGCUGGUGCUCUGUGUCUUCGCUUCCACUGACAGCCGUCAGACAUCGGGCUCCCCGGCCACCAUGAUUGGGAUCUCCGUGGCACUGGGCCACCUCAUUGGGAUCCACUUCACUGGCUGCUCCAUGAACCCGGCCCGCUCCUUCGGCCCUGCCGUCAUCAUUGGGAAGUUCACAGUCCACUGGGUCUUCUGGGUGGGGCCCCUGAUGGGAGCCCUCCUGGCCUCACUAAUCUACAACUUCAUCCUGUUCCCCGACACCAAGACCCUGGCCCAGCGGCUGGCUAUCCUCACAGGCACUGCAGAGGUGGGGACAGGGACAGGGACAGGGGCAGGGGCGGAACCCCCGAAGAAGGAAUCCCAACCCGGUUCGGGAGCCGUGGAGAUGGAGAGUGUGUGAAACAGCCAAGGCCUGGCUGCGCCCUUGGGCUUCCUGCCUUGCAGGGCCUGCAUGGAGGUUCUCCCUGGGAGUGGUGGGAGGGGGAGGCUUGACCUCUUGUCCUGACCAGGUGGGCCGGAGGGGACAAGCCCUGUCCCUGGCAUUACAUUUCUAGGUAGAAUCUGGGAGUGAAUUUGUCCCAUUCCCUCUCCAUAGGGCUUCCGUGCCUCUCAGUGGGACAGAGCAGAGGAAGGCAGGGGACUUAGGACCGCCCUCCCCUCCUCUCACCCAUUGGACCCUGUGGGAGUCCUGAACCCCCAGAUGCUCGAGUCUUGGGGGAGAAAGGAAUGGGAGCCCAGACAGCCACUCUGCUUAGACAUUGGAGCUAUAGGGACCUCAGGGAACCCCAACUUCGUACCCACCCAGGAAACCCUUGGUCCUGAGAGGACAGGCUCUUCUGGAGGAAUCAGGCCCUGGGACAGCCUCUGAGCUUCUGGGGGGAUUUCUCUGCCCUUGGGUGUGAUUUUGAGGGCUAUAUUUCCUCCUUCACACUGGGGGCUUCCUGAGGACAGAGACUGCUCUACCAAUAGAUCUUUAUUUGUUUUGAGACAGAAUCUUGAUCUGUCACCCAGGCUGGAGUACAGUGGUGUGAUCUCGGCUCACUGCAACCUCUACCUCCCGGGUUCAAGGGAUUCUCCUGCCUCAGCCUCCCAAGUAGCUGGGAUUACAGGCGCCUGCCACCACGCCCAGCUAAUUUUUUGUAUUUUUAGUAGACAUGGGGUUUCGCCAUGUUGGCAGGCUGGUCUUGAACUCCUGACCUCAGGCGAUCUGCCCACCUCAGCCUCCCGAAGUGCUGGGAUUACAGGCGUGAGCCACCACGCCUGUCUUCUCCCAAUAGGUGUUUAUUCCUCACUCCUCCAAAUGCUCUGGAGAGGGCCCCACCCUUGAGAACAGCUGACACAGAGAACAUUUUCUCAGGCUGGUAGAGGGGUGGGAUAGAGGAAGGGAGGUUUGAGCCAGGCAGGCCUUUCCCAGGGAAGCCUCCUCCCAGGUGCUUGCCCCAGCUCCCAUCCCACAGCCCACUCUCAGGCAGGAACAAUCCUUAGAGGGAAGUGCCCAUCUAGCCAUUGACUCAUGACCUGGGUCAAAGAAGCCAUCUCCAGCCUCUGUCAGCAUUACAGGAUCCCCAAAAAGCUGUUGAAUAAGCCCUAAGGGUGGUAGGAAUCCAGGAGGGACCCAGGAAACAGAUUUGAGAUUCAGUGCCUCUGAAAGACUACCAAAGUCUCAAUUGGUUUAAUAUUUAAAGGCUGCUAUAGAUUUAUUCUGCCCACAACUUGGGGGUCCUAUCUGGAUCUCGGCUUCUCCAGCUGUAAAGUGGACACAAUCCUCCUCCAGGGACUGCUGUGAAAUCAAGAAAUUGGAAAAUACUUUUUGGAAGUUAAAA